AUGUCGCCGCGGCAGAAACAUUCGUCAAAACCACGGCGAAAAGCUGCGAUAGCCGACGGCAUCGACUAUUGCAUCGUUUCACGCUACUGCCAACUCUCGCGAACUCAUUCCGGGGAGUUUGCGAGAGCUGCUGCUCGUAUUCGUGUGCAGUGGACUGAGCCCGACGAGCGGAUGAGGCAAAUACGGCAUCGUAAUCGUGCUCUAGGCAACGUUCCCGUUCAUUGA